UCGGAGUAUGGUGUAGAGUUGCCCCAGAUAUAGAGAUGGAGAUCAAACAUGCAUGCUGUCAAUCAUAAUCCUUAGAAAUGGAUAUCCUCGAAGGUAAUCAAUAUUGAUGGGCCGAUGGAUAUCUCGAAUAGUGAAGCCCGAGGCAACCACUCCCGUCUCGGCAAGGAAAUAACCGACCGAAAUGCGGGGAUGAAAACACUAUAUAUCCAUUGGCCUUGUUCUACACCCAAAAUCUUACUCUAUACCCAUAAACAACCUGGUCAAUAUCGGUAUAUAUACGAUCACUACUAUAAUUGAAAUGCCCUUCCAAUCCCGCUGGCAGAUUGACGUCCCCGAUUGUCAUCUGGCAUCGCUUCUCCUCACCUCCCCCACUCAUCCGCUCUCCAACUCGCACCGCUGCUUCGCCGAGGCUGCUCGCCCCGAUACGCAUUACUUCACUACCCAUGGGUUUCGUAUUUGGAGUCAGCGGUUCGCUGCCGGGUUGCGCCGUGCCGGGUUGAAACCCGGCGAUCGCGUACUGCUGUUCUCUGGCAAUGACCUCUUCUUCCCCGUCGUCUUCAUGGGCAUCAUCAUGGCCGGCGGCGUCUUCUCCGGUGCCAAUCCCACUUUCGUCGCGGGCGAGCUAGCCUACCAGCUGCAGGACAGCGGUGCGACAUACCUGCUUUGCGCAGACGCCAGCCUAGACACGGGCAUCGAGGCGGCCCGCUUGGCGGGGCUCCCCCAAGACCGCGUGUUUGUAUUCGACAAUGCUGUGUACGACGGGCGGGGGCAAGGCCGCCUGGGCUGCCGCCACUGGGGUGAGCUCAUCGCGUCGGAGAGCGAAGCGACCGGAUUUGCGUGGGACGAGCUGUCCACCCCCGAGGCGGCCCGCCGCACGCUGGCCCUCAACUACUCGAGCGGCACGACGGGACGGCCCAAGGGCGUGGAGAUCUCGCACAAGAACUACUGCGCCAACAUGCUGCAGUGGAACCACCUCUUCUACCAGGAUCCGGACUGGAAGGAGAGGCAGAGCCGCUCUCGCUGGCUGUGCUUUCUGCCCAUGUACCACGCCAUGGCCCAGAGCAUCUUCAUUGCUGCGGCCAUAUCGCGUGGCGUACCUGUGUACAUCAUGCCUAAGUUUGAUUUUAUCAAGAUGCUCGAGUAUACCGACCGGUUUCGCAUCUCGGAUCUCAUUCUCGUGCCCCCUGUUGUGGUGGCGUUGGCGAAGCAUCCUGUGGUCAGGAGCGGUAAGUAUGAUUUGAGUAGUGUUGAGUCGGUCGGUAGUGGGGCGGCUCCUCUCGGACGCGAGGUCUGUGAGGAGGUCGAGAAGCUGUGGGAGCCGGGACGGAUUAAUGUCAAGCAGGGAUGGGGUAUGACGGAGUAUGUUGAGCCUCUUUCCCCCAAUUUAUGAUCCUUGCGACCUCCGAGUACUAAGUGAGACAGAGCGACAUGUUCGAUCCUCGGAUGGGACCCCACCCAGAAGAGCUACACGGCUUCGGUGGGAGAGCUGAACGCCAACUGCGAGGCGAGAAUCAUGGCCGACGACGGAGUGACCGAGCUAGGGCGCAACGAGCGCGGUGAGCUCUGGGUGCGAGGCCCCAAUGUUAUGAAAGGAUACUGGCGCAAUUCACAAGCCACGCAGGAGACUUUGACCGAG